GUUUGGUACUCCCCUGUCCUCCGCCUGAUCCUCCCACUAAAACCUGCUCAUUCUGAAGCUCGGGAAUAAUGUCACUGUUUAGGGGGCAGGGGAGCGCUUUAACCCGGUCACAAGGCGGGGAAGUUGCUCACGGUUUUUCUGCGUUGCCAUGGGGUUUUGUAAAACCUAUUGACUGCGAUAGGGUCCCUUCUUUUCUUUGAGUCUGUCUUUGUGGAGGAGGAGGAGGAAAAAAAAAACGCUAUUACUUUUUCUUACAGAGGCGGGGGGGAGUGAUAGUAGCAUCCAAGGGAGGAGGGAGGUACUCCGGUACAGACCAACUGCGAGGCGAAGCGGCGGUGAAACCUCCCUCUCUUCCAGCGGUGGAGAAAAUUCAACUUUUCUGAACGGCUGCCACGACAUGAGUUGCACCUGAAGGUAGUGCAUCUUCAGCGCGCCAGAGAAAUGAACUAAGGACUGAGUAGGAGAAAGCGCUCAUUUCUUGAGAACAUACAAGAUUCAAGGAGAAACCAUGAGGUUGCAGAGGAGCCCACAAUUGGCCGCCGUGCUGGGCUUGAUCACCUGUAUUUGUGUCUUUCAUACGACUACAGCCAUUGACAUCCCACUGGAAGUUGAGCAGCUGCCCACCAUCACAACUCAGUCGCCCAGCUCUCUCAUCGCCUUCCCUUUUGAUGAGAGCUUCCCCAUGACGUGUGAAGCCAAAGGGAAUCCCGAGCCAGAAUUCAGAUGGACGAAGAAUGGCCAGGAAUUCGACCCCUCUCUAGACCCCCGGCUGAUGAAAGAGGAGAAUUCUGGGACCUUUGUGAUUCCCAAUAAUGGGAACCUUACAGAGUACCAGGGAACCUAUCGCUGUUACGCCUCAAACAAACUGGGGACCGCCAUAUCGAAGGAGAUUGAGUUCAUUGUGCCCCAUGUCCCAAAAUUUCCUAAAGAAACACUUGAUCCUGUUGUGGUGGAGGAAGGUCAGCCUUUUACUUUAAAAUGUAAUCCACCUAAAGGAAUACCUCCCCUCCAGAUCUACUGGAUGACUAUCAAUCUUCAGCACAUAGAACAGGAUGAGAGGGUGUCUAUGGGCUUGAACGGAGACCUUUACUUCUCUCACGCGGUGGAGAAAGACAGCGGGAGAGACUACUGCUGCUUUGCCGCCUUCCCAAGAAUACGAACCAUCGUUCAGAAGACCGCCAUGUCUGUCAUCGUCCAGACAAAAAAAAGUGACAUGAGUCCUGAAAGUGCUAACGCAAUCCUUGAAAGAAAACCCUCUCUUCUGACGCCCUCUACUGCCAGAUCAGAGACACAGCUGGUUAAAGGAGAGGACUUGAAAUUGGAGUGUAUUGCUGAAGGAUUUCCAACUCCACAGGUUGAGUGGGUGAAGAUGGGUCAUCAACUUCCCACUAAAGCAAAAGUGGAGAAUCAUGGGAAAUUGUUGAUUGUGCCGAGAGUUGAACAGGAAGACAGUGGGAGGUACAUGUGCAAGGCAAAGAACGGACUUGGAGAAGCUGUCCAUUACUUCACCCUGAAAAUAGAAGAGCCUCCAGAGUGGGUGAUUGAGCCGGAGAGUCAGCUCAGUAUGAUCGGCUCAGAGGUGCUCAUCAAGUGCUCCGCCAGUGGGACUCCUCAGCCGACUAUAACAUGGAGGGUGAACGGUGAACUUCUGCAGGGGGCCCCUGCAGCAAACAGGAAGGUGUUUGAUGACACCAUAGUUUUACGUAACGCCAAAGCAUCUGACAGUGCAGUCUAUCAGUGUGAGGCCUCCAACAAACAUGGAACCCUUCUGUCAAAUGCAAACAUCAUGAUCAUGAAUCUGUCCCCCAUGAUAUUGACCAAGGAGGGGGAGGAUUACACUGCUGUGGAGGGGAAGGGAGUGAUGAUGCACUGCAAUGUCUUCAGCUCUCCUCCUUCUACCAUAACAUGGAGCAAAGACGACUCCUCUGACUCCGUGGAGGGACCGAGGCUUACCAUUCACGAAAAUGGGUCGCUGGAGAUCUACAGCGUGGAGAAAGGCGACACGGGACAGUACACAUGUUUAGCUAAAAACACGGAGGGAUCGUCUGCCAUUGACGCCAUGCUCUAUGUGAAAGAUCCCACUAGAAUAGUCGUGGCCCAGGAGGACCUGCAGAUCCUAAUAGGUACCACGGCCCAGCUCUCAUGCCUCGCAGAGUAUGACAAGUCCUUUAGCAAUGACUUUGAGCUCCUGUGGGAAAAAGAUGACAUGAAGAUAGCCCUCAACAACACGGAGAAUUCAAGAUACUUUGUGGAGGAUGGUAUUCUUCAGAUUAUCAAUGUAAGCCACAGGGACCAGGGUAUGUACACAUGUGUGGCAAGAACUCCAGUGGACCGAGACACAGCCUCAGCACUGCUCAUGGUGUUAGACGUCCCUGAUGCACCCGAGUACUUGGUACUGUCUGAACACAAGAGCAAAAGUGUGAAACUGAAAUGGAUCCCUGGGGACGAUCACAACAGCUCCACCACAGAGUUUAUUAUCGAGUAUGAGGAAAGCCAGUGGGAGCCGGGAAACUGGAAGGAGCUGCUCCGAGUACCUGGGAACCACAACUUGGCCAUGCUCAAACUCCACGGCCACGUCGACUAUCGCUUCCGCGUGUCUGGUUUAAACGCUGUUGGGAGGGGUCUUCCAAGCGAGCCCACAGAAAGAUACAAAACCCCCCCGGCAGCUCCUGACAAGAACCCUGAAAAUAUCAAAAUCGAAGGUCAUUUGCCACAUGAAAUGGAUAUCAACUGGGAGCCCUUGUUACCCAUUGAGCACAAUGGUCCCGGUUUGGAGUAUAAGGUGAGUUACAGGAGACAGGACGUGGAGGAGGACUGGAAGGAACACCUGGUGAAGAGACACUCGUUUUUGGUGAAGAACACGCCCACCUUUGUGCCCUAUGAUAUCAAGAUCCAAGCCAGGAACCAUCAGGGCUGGGGCCCUGAGCCCAAGAUAGUGACGGGCUACUCAGGAGAGGACUUUCCCUCUGCUGCACCUGAGAAUGUAGCUGUGGAGGUGAUGAACAGCUCAGUGGUCAAGGUUAGCUGGGCACGUGUACACAAGGACAAGUUACAUGGACAUCUGGGAGGCUACAGGAUAAACUGGUGGCGUCUGCGCAGUCUGGCGGCCUCAAAGAAAAGCCACGGAGACAAACAUACGCUAACAUUCCCCGGGGACAAGAACCACGCCACGGUACCGGGACUAAGGCCCUUCUCUGAGUACAGCCUCAUCGUCAUGACCUUCAACGGGCGGGGCAACGGCCCCGGCAGCAAUCCCCUCAACUUCAAAACCCCGGAGGGAGUCCCAGAGAAAAAUCCUGUUUUCAGGGUCACAGACGUACAGAAGCACACUGUCUCUCUGGUCUGGGCCCCGCCAUUGGAGCCUAAUGGGAUUCUCACCGGGUACCUCCUCGAGUAUCAGCUCAUCAACGACACAGAAGAAAUGGGGCCACUGCAGACAGUAGACAUCAGCAACCCCGACACCACCAAGUGGAACCUGCGCGACUUGGAGCCUGUGAGCAAAUACAAAUUUUACCUGCGCUCCUGCACCACGGUGGGCUGCGGGCCCGUUGUCAGCGAGGAGUGCACCACUACUCUAGAAACAAGUCUGGCCAGCAUCCAUGGAGGAAUAUCCACCAAGGGCUGGUUUAUCGGCCUGAUGUGUGCCAUCGCUCUCCUCACACUCAUUGUGUUGAUCGCCUGCUUUGUCAACAGAAACAAAGGAGGGAAGUAUUCCGUAAAAGAAAAAGAGGACCUUCACCCAGACGUGGAGUCCCAGGGCAUGAAUGACGACACAUUUUGUGAAUACAGUGACAACGACGAGAAGCCACUGAAGGGCAGCCAACACUCGCUGAGCAGAGAGAUCAAAGCCGGGGACAGUGGGGACAGCCUGGUGGACUACGGGGACGAGGACGUUCAGUUCAACGAGGACGGCUCCUUUAUCGGCGAGUACGCGGGGCGAAAGGAGAAGAGGGUGUCCGCCGAGAUCAAAGCCACUAUUCAGACCCCGGCUUGAGGAGCCGAAACCACCAUCCAUCUUCGCCUAGACAACGUUUUCAUUAAAACCUGCUGGGAGGAACAAAUGAAAGAGGAAACAGACAUUAUCCAUACCGAGCACAAGUUUUGUGUCAAAUGUAAUGCGUCAUUUCCAACUGCACACUGCCACCCUCAUCUUUUAAAGCUCUGUUUUGUCGGGUUGCAACAGAAUGACCAUUACUAAAUACUGUGUAUAUAUAGUGUAUAUUGUAUGUGCGGAGUGUCUUUUUUUUAAAAUAAUUAUUACACAAACAAUUUAGAGGGCUUGAAUUUUCUUUUUUUUAUCUCCAGUACUUCAACUGCAGUACUCUUUGUACAAAUGUCAGGAAAAUGCCACUCUCCAUUAUACAUCAUUAUAUGCAGCUUUGCCUGUGAUAUCAUCUUGUAGCAGACCACAGAUAAGUGGGAAAAUCAAGUUGAUAUUGUUUUUUUUGAAUUGGAGCAAAUAUUACUGACCUGUUAUAUUUGAAAUUGAUUCAUUAAAUGUGAGUAUAAAA